AUGAGCUGUUCUUUCUGGAAGACAAAGAAAGACAUGUUUUAGUCAACUCAGAAUACACCCUGACAGGCUUAGGAUCCUCUGCUUUUGUGGAGCAGUGGAUUGUUCUUCCAGGAAAGAAGACAUGGUCAGAAAUAUCUCUAAUCAAACUUCUCACACCACAGAAGACCCUCAGUAUAACUAUCUGGCUUUGGUCUUUGGGCUUCUAUUGAUUGUCUUUAUUAUUUGUGGAAAUGUAUUAGUGUGUCUUAGUGUCUGCACAGAGAAAGCUCUUAAAACCACCACUAACUAUUUCAUAGUCAGUUUGGCUGUUGCUGACCUGCUCUUGGCUGUACUGGUUCUACCCCUCUAUGUAUACACAGAGUUUCUAGGGGGUGUUUGGACUCUGAGCCUUGUGCUUUGUGAUGUUCUUAUGACUAUGGAUGUCAUGCUUUGCACUGCCUCCAUCUUCAACCUCUGUGCGAUAAGUGUAGACAGGUUCAUUGCUGUAUCCAUCCCAUUACAUUAUAAUAGACAGCAGGUGGACAAUCGCCAACUCUUCCUAAUCUCUACCACAUGGAUUUUUGCCUUUGCUGUGGCCUCCCCGGUUAUUUUUGGACUUAACAAUGUGGCAGGCCGGGAUCCAAGUGUCUGUAAAUUGGAGGACAAUAACUUUGUCAUAUACUCUUCUAUAUGCUCUUUCUUCAUUCCGUGUCCCAUUAUGUUAGUACUGUACUGUGCCAUGUUUCACGGACUUCGUAAGUGGGAAGAGACCAGAAUGUCCAAGUUACGGAGUCAUAUGUCUCCUGGAAGAAAGCCACCAUGCCCAAACCUCUUAUUUGAUAAGAGCUCUACAGACAGAACAUUUGAUGAGCUCCACCUUUAUACCCAGCCAAACUGCCAUUUCUCAAAGGCUUACGUGGACAAUGGUCAUGGUAUACAGACUGUAGCCUACCCACACCUCAAAUACUCAAAUAGCAUGGAGCCUGAAAGGAAACAGGCCAAGAUAAAUGGACGGGAAAGAAAAGCUAUGAGAGUUCUCCCAGUGGUUGUAGGUGCGUUUCUUUUCUGCUGGACACCUUUUUUUGUGGUUCACAUUACCCGGGCUGUCUGUGAAACGUGUCAUAUCUCUGAACCCCUGAUCAGUAUUGUCACAUGGUUGGGAUACGUCAAUAGUGCUUUGAAUCCGGUGAUAUACACGAUAUUCAAUACCGAGUUCAGGAACUACUUUCGCAAGGUACUUAGGAUUUGCUGCUGACACACCUGAGCGACAAAGAAGAAUAGCUUGAUCAACCAGGACAGUUCUACUGAAGCUUGGAAGAAGACAAUUCCUAUUGUAAAUGCAUUUUGACUUGAGAGGACCUGUAAUAACACAUAUUUUAUAAAAGGGUAUGCAUAUUAUGACCACAC